AUGCAAUCAUCACAGACCUCGAAGGCCAUGUGCAUCACGUUUUGUUUGCCGGAGGAGUUGGAAUUUGAAAGUCUGUGUCAAUUGCUGUGUUCAAAGGGUUCAUUGAAGAUGGACUGUUCCGGCAGGUGCCGAUCAGGGCUUCCAACCCUAUGAAGACUCCCAAGAAGAGCUGAGACGAAAAACCUGCUGCUGCCGUGUGUUUAAAAACUGUCUUGCACCAUCUAAACCAUAGUGUUCUGCUGCUGGACUAGUUGAGGAUCGUAGCCAUGUACCAGAUGGUGCGGGGGGGCACUAGCCCAAGCAGUCACACCCCAGCCAAGCAGAAGCAGGUCAAAGAUGGGCGCCCCCUUGUGGGAGCGAGCGUGCUGGGCGUGGCGCUGGUGGUGGCAGCGGUGGUUGCCUGGUGCUAUUACACUGCCUCGCUGCGCAAAGCCGAUCUGCUGAAGACCGAGCUGUUGGACCUGAAUCGCGACGGGUUCCUCAUCCGCAACCACGCUGGAGUCAUUGUCUUCCGCAUGGCUUUCAGGUCUGGAUCCCUGAACCUGGACUCGUGCUCAAAGGAAGGGGAAAUUCUGAGCUGCACACAGUCAGAUACUGGAAAAUUGAACUUUUUCAUCCAGACAGUGAAGCCCAAGGAUACGGUGAUGUGCUACCGUGUCCGCUGGGAGGAGUUUGUGUUUGACCGUGUGGUGGAGCAUGCCAUGUCCUACAAUGGGUCGCACUGGUAUGGAGGUGCAGAAAGUAGCAUCCAGCACUGGCCCAUCUCUAUCUUGGGACAGCAGGCUCCCAAACCCUUUGUGACCAGUGAUGUCUACUCCAAUCGAGGCUAUUUUGGGGGGAUCCUUGAAAGGUACUGGCUGUCCUCCAGUGCUACUGCCAUCAAGAUCAACGAUUCGGUUCCUUUCCACCUAGGCUGGAAUGACACAGAGAAGACUUUGUACUUCCAAGCCCGUUAUCGGGACACACCUUAUAAGCCCGCUCUCGGCCAGCAGCCCUUCCCAGAGCUGAGCUACCGAGUCUGUGUGGGGUCUGAUGUCACAUCCAUUCACAAGUACAUGGUGAGACGCUACUUCAACAAGCCCAACAAGGUUCCCUCUAAAGACACAUUCAUGUACCCAAUCUGGUCCACCUGGGCUCUACACAAGACAGAUAUAAACCAGGAGAAGCUUUUGAAGUACGCUGCAGAUAUCAAGAAGUAUAAGUUCAACUGCAGCCACCUGGAGCUUGAUGAUAUGUAUACCAGCCGAUACGGGGAGUUCGAGUUUGACCCUGUGAAGUUCCCAAAUGCGACGGCCAUGUUCCAGAAGCUGAAGGAGGAUGGCUUCUUGGUCUCUCUGUGGACCCACCCUUUCGUCAAUUACAACUCCUCGAACUUUGGUGUCGGCAUCGAAAGGGGGCUGUUUGUUCGGGAACCAACGGGGCAGCUCCCUGCCAUGGUGCGCUGGUGGAAUGGCAUCGGCUCCAUCCUGGACUUCACCAACCCUGAGGCCCGGGAAUGGUAUGCUUCCCAACUUCGGGCCCUUAAGGCAAAAUACGGAGUCGCCUCGUUCAAGUUUGACGCUGGGGAGACUAGUUACCUGCCCCACCAGUUCAGCACCCUGGUCCCCCUGCCCGACCCCAGCACCUUCACACGUCGCUACACGGAGAUGGCUAUCCCUUUCAAUGAGCGGGCCGAGCUGCGCGUGGGCUACCAGUCUCAGAACAUCUCCUGCUUCUUCCGCAUCAUUGACCGGGAUUCAGUAUGGGGAUACGAGCUGGGCCUCAAGUCCCUCAUUCCCACCGUGCUCACCAUCAGCAUCCUGGGAUACCAGUUUAUCCUGCCAGAUAUGAUUGGGGGAAAUGCCUAUCCCAACCGCACAGACGGGUCCCAGAAGCUGCCCGACCGGGAGCUCUACAUCCGGUGGCUGGAGCUCUCGGCCUUCAUGCCCUCCAUGCAGUUUUCCGUGCCGCCCUGGGAGUACGAUAGCGAGGUUAUAAGCAUCGCACAGCGCUUCACCGCCCUCCACAAGACCUUGGUGGCUCCCCGGGUGCUGGAGCUGGCUGGAGAGGUGCUUGCCACGGGUGACCCCAUCAUCCGGCCCCUCUGGUGGAUUGCCACCAAUGACGAGGCCGCUUACAAAAUCGAUUCCCAGUUCCUCAUUGGGGAUGACCUCAUGGUGGCGCCAGUGCUGGAGCCUGGCAAGCAGGAGCGGGACAUCUACCUCCCGGCUGGCAGGUGGCGUAGCUACAAGGGCGAGUAUUUUGAUAAAGGGCCAAUGCACCUCACAGACUACCCUGUCGACCUGGAUGAGAUCGCUUACUUUGUCUGGGUUCCAUAGGAUUCGGUAACAAUUGUGAGGAAGGAUUACUGUAAUGCAACAAUUAAAAGCUUUGGUUUCCAGACAGAGAUUUUAGGAUCUCUGUAUGAAGCUAAGAUUAACAAGCUGUUCAGCGAGACAAAUAAUACAAAUGUCAGAAGUUUAAGUCUUAUUUCCAGUUCAAGAUUAAAUGUUUGUUCUCUGAUCUUUUUCUGUUACCGAUAUGGGACGUUCUUCACGGAUGCAACCAAACUGACUUAUAAGAUUGAACUCACUGUUUCUCGUUAAUGUAUCAAGUCAUUAUAUUCUGUGUCUUUAACAUUGUGCUAUAAUUGUCAUUCAAUAUUAAAUAUUAAAGGUAUCAUGCAGGCUGAUCACAUGGUGCCUUUGAGAUAAGCCCAAUGUGUUUAUCAGCUAAGCUAAUAAUUAGUCUAGGUAUUUUCUCUUGUGCAGAAAACUAGGUUAUUGAAAAGGAGUCUUGAUUUUGUGUGAAAUAAUUAAAAGCUUUAGUGAGGACCCAUUGAGGAACAAUAUUAUAGGACUCCUGAGGGAUCCUCAGACUCUUUUGAAGCACAGGUUUAAGAAAUAUUGUACUCAUUAAGAUUUUUUUGUUUGUGUAUGAGUGAGGUAUCUGAAUUUUCUUACCCUUUAAGGAGCUUCAGAAACUAAACUUUGUUGUUGCAGCAAUGUAAUGCACAAAAUGCCUUAUGCAAAAAACUUAGCUAAUUUGCUUGUGCAGUUUCUUACAGUAAGGAGAGGUGUCGGUUUGGAAUGCAUUUAAAGCUUUUCUCACCAAAUGAUGUAAGAUAUUUGAAGAACCUUCUUCAUCCUCUGAUGAAGUGGAAUGGUGACAUGUUGCCAUUCUUUGAGUACAGUUGGGUAUAAUAUAAGCACAUACUGAAAGGGACAAAUAGAACUUUAAUGUGUCAUAAAUGUUUUUAGAAACCUUCAUUUUUCCUUCCAUUACUUUAACAAGCACAAACUUUGUAAUAUAAAUAUAUAAUGUUUUUAAGUGUGGGCAAAAAAUGUUUGGAAGGUUUUUAUCACAUGGUGGCAUUGCCAUGUAAAUAUAUUCUACACCAAAGAGAAGUGUUUUUGUUAACGUUUGUUGUUGCAGUGGGCCAGGAGGAAAACAGGUGGUGGAGGUCAGCGUUCUCAAUGCAAUAGACGUAGGUUGUUUCUUUAGCCCUGUAAAUUCACACCAGAUUUGUUUGAUCAUGUUGACAUGAAGUAACAGGGAUCUCUGAAACAUCAGGAGAAUAGGAAUCGGAGCCUAUUAGUUAGUUGCAGCUGCAAAGUGGAGCUCUGUUACAUUGAAUACUAACCAUUAGUGCCUUUGCUGUGGAAGAGCCAUGCAGUGAGAUUUUUCCCUGGCACUGCCUUAACUUUGGGCGGUUUACACUUGUUAUAUCUGUAGGAUAAAUUCAUCUUUUCGCCACAGCAGCCUGUUUUGAAUUUACAUGAAUCCGCACUGACAGCAGAAUAUGUGUCCCCAGUUCCGAGCCUUACUCUUUUAGAGGAGCACCACAUGGUAGAAUACUGGACUUACAGUACCUUUAUGACAAACUCUUUCUGUAAUAUACAGGUACUUGCAGUCCUUUUGAGUCCCUGCGCAUUGCAAGUGCAGCGUGUUUGCCGGGUUUCAUUUUUGACGCGUAGCUGGCUUUACUGCCAGUCAUGGAUUUUGUUUUUAACUGAGUCAUAACUGUGUCAAUUUUGCUCUCACUUGUGCCACUGUGCAGUUCUCAGGUAUUAUAGGACAUACCACAUGCUGCGUCAUUCUAAUUGCUUUGGACAGAUGUUGAUUCAUUUCACUUCAGCACUUGCUGUUACUGAAACUCUGUAGUAUUACUGCAAAAGAGGUUAUACAGUAUAUUGUUUUGUCGCUAUUGGUCAUAUAAUAGGCACUGAGACAGCACUUUCCUGUGUAUAGUAAUUAUAGUGGAUACCAUCUUAAGAUAACACCCUUUAACAGUGUAUUGUUAUGGUGGUGCGUCAGUGUUGGGACAUAGUAAUUUCACUCUAAGUAGAAAAUUAAGAAUAUGAACAUCAAUAUUAGAAUUAUAGCAUAAUACCUAAUACCUCUGCAUUAGUUUGUACAGAUUGGAGAUUAAGACAGAAGUAAAACAAGUAAAUGUCUAUUAUUUAGGAUCAGUUCACAUUUUAGUGAAUAGAGUGUGGUCCUCUUUGUAAUGGCUCAGUGUGUCAGGCUCUGUAUUCAUUGCUUUCUUCACCUGGGCUUCAGUUUAAACACUCGGGUCUUUUCCUAGCCCCUUCUGUCUGCGUUGCUUUCUCAGUCUGAGAUGAAUAAAAUAAUAUGCGUCAAAUGUGACGAGUUAAGACUUUAUUGUAAUAGCAGUGUCUCGCUUAUGUUAGCCCUCAGUCUCUUUAUUGAGCGUAUUGCAUAUGCAGCAUAAUCUUAGACGCAGGUGAAGGGGCUGAUGUUCUUACAACCAUCUCGGAAACAGGAAAUGUCUUUGGACUCCUCUCUGCGAAUGAAAGGUAUGCAGUUAAUCACUGUCUACAAUAAAUAUAACCUUUUACCAGCAGCUGUAGUAAAUGGGGGGAAAAAAAAUCCAGAAACUGAGCCAGCUCUUCAUUACUAAAUAUCAUUAAUCCAAAUUGAAUUGAAUGUUUUACAACAAAGUAAUCUCAUAUAAUCCCAUACGAUUAAUAUAUUUUUAGAAUUAAUAUCAGUUCAGGUGUCUUUGAACAUUUGUAUUGGCAACAAAUGGCCAAAGGAAUAAUUGGAUAUACUAGUGAAAACAAAUGUGGGUGCUGUCGGAGUGGAAAGUGUCAUGUUUAUGCAGUUGGCGAAGAUAGGAAAUAUUUUAUAUCUGAAGUUCAGAUUGAGAUCUCACAGCAUUGAGGAAGUACCUGGGCCUCAGUGUGUUGGGUGUGGUAUACACUCCUUUAAAAUGGAUCACCAGUAAGGGUUUUGAAAAAAAAAAACAAGAAGAAUUUGACUUCUGCUUAUUUACAGAACUUGAGAAUAAUAUAGAGGUGUAAAACUAAACAAACCACUUUUUUGAAUAAAAUGUUUAUUAAACGAUACAAGAAUAUUAUAGUUUUUGUUUCAAAAUCAGUGAUUUCCAAUUCUCAUUUUAUUUUCAGCUUACUGGAUAAAGCAGUUAGAAAAUGGAUGGAGUUUAUUUUUUAGCUCAUACUAUGGAACAGGUCUGUGAUAUAUUGAUUUUAAAAGUAGCUGGUUUUCAACUUUUGAAAUGGCUGGGAAGCAUCAGGUCUGCGUGCUUUGUGUAAAUGCAAGAACAGAAUUACAUUUUCCAAGGUGAUUAAAUUGCAGUAAACCAAGGCCAAUGAAAGCAGUUCCUUUAAAACUAGAAGUAGUUUCUAAAAAGCUAAGAGAAAUUAAGAUAUGUAAUUAAGAG